UCUGUAUCUCAAAUUCAGGGGAAUUUCAUGUCUCCCUUUUGGCCUCUAUGGGUACUGCACACAUGGAGUGCACACACGUAUGGAGAAAAAUCUCUUAUAAACAUUACCUGUCAAUAAAAAAGCCAAUGACCAAUGAGCUGGGGCAGGAAAUAAGGGGAGGGCGGGACACUGGCAGGAAGAAAGGAUUCUGGGAAAUAGUAAGAGAGAAAAGAGAGAUGGAGGGAGGUGGGAGAUAAACGUAAACCAGCAGUGAGACGCUGAGGAAGAAACAGGCCGACACUGAAGGAGAAGCGACUGACCACAUGCAUGGUGGGGAUAUUGCUGUGCAGGUGAUCUCCAACUCGACCAGCCUCUUGGGAGGCUCUACCAACUUGCACUGUAGUCUGGCUUCUAAAGAAAAUGUGACAAUCACUGGGUUUACCUGGAGGAAGAGGAAUUCAGAUGGAUCCCACACUCGCGUGGCUGUCUUCCACCCCAAGAAUGAGCCCUACUUUGCUGAGCCUGACAGGGUGAAAUUCUUGGCUGACAAGCAGGGCAAUGGUCUGAGGAAUGCAUCUCUGGCCAUCUCGAACGUGAGUGUAGAAGAUGAAGGCACCUAUGAAUGUCAGAUUGCCACAUUCCCCAGAGGCACUAGGAGCGCCAGUGUCUGGCUGAACGUGCUUGCUCGACCUAACAACACUGCAGAGGUCCUGGAGCCCUCUCCCAGUUUGACGCUGCAGGAUGUGGCUAAAUGCAUCUCUGCUGAUGGUCACCCUCCUGGACGAAUCACUUGGUCCUCGAAUGUGAAUGGAAGCCACCGUGAAAUGGAGGAACCGGGGUCCCAGCCGGGCACCACCACAGUUACCAGCUAUUACUCUAUGGUGCCUUCUCGCCAGGCAGACGGCAAGAACAUCACCUGCAUCGUGGAGCAUGAAAGCUCCCGGGAGCCGGACCGGCUGCCAUUGACCCUUUCCCUUCCCUAUCCACCUGUAGUGUCCAUCUCUGGCUAUGACGACAACUGGCAUGUUGGCCUCACUAACUUGUCCCUGACCUGUGAUGCUCAUAGCAAACCAGCGCCCCACAGCUAUGACUGGAACACGACCAUGGGUUUCCUUCCCACCUCCACUAAGCGCCAGGGCAAUCAGCUUCUAAUCCCUACCUUGGAAGGUCUCAAUAACACAAUCUUUGUGUGCAAAGCCACCAAUGCCCUAGGGUCUGGGCAGAGCCAACAAUCCAUCCUUGUUAAAGAGACACCUGAGAAUGUGCAGCAAAAUACAGGCUUAGUCAUAGGCUCCAUCAUUGCCAUCAUCUUUGCUAUCCUCAGUGCAAUCAUAGUAUGCAGUAUAGUCUGGAAAUGCAAACAUGGUCGUCCUCUGCGGUCCAGACCCGUAGAGAAUAAUGUGAGUACAGAGGUACAAGGGAGGAGGACGAAGGGGUCUAAGUGGACCACAGACUUAUUUCUGGAACCUUCUCAAGGGGACUGGGCAGAUAGCUGCAGUGUGGCAUCGAGAUUUUCCAGAUCCUUAGCUUGUGUACCACUGGGAGGGAGUGGAAACUUUUGGAGAUGGGGCCUAGUGGGAGAAGGCUAGAUUAUUAUUCUCAGUGUAUCUUUAGAGGGAAUUUUGAGAGCAUGCAUCUGAUUUUGAUAUCAGGCUAUCCUUUGAAUUCACUGUCUAGCCAAGGUUGGUCUAGAACUCUUGGCCUAUCUGCCUCUGUCUCCCCAGUGACGGGAUUACAGGUGUGUGCCAUUGCAUCCAGCUCUCUCAGUUUUUUUGGUGGACUAUGUACCCUAGGCUAGAUUCUGAUGAUCCUCCUGCCUCUGAUGCCAGAGUGCAAGGGCUCCUAGGUAUGGCUACCUCCUAAUCCCUGUCUACGGCCACCACUUAGGGACCAAGUGGGCCGGCUCCUGGAGCCUCUCACUUCACUGGGAAGACCGUUUACUUGAA